CUUCAUCGUGGCGUCUCCUCGCUGCUCGUACGCCUUUGAAUGUACCUACGUCUUUGGGCCGCGACGUGAACCGGAAGCCUCCCGUUUUAGGCGGUCGGCUUCGGCAGCCAUCGAACGCCGCCGGAAUCUAACCUCCGGCGGCUCCCCAUGGCGGCGGCACCGUCCGAUGGCCAGAACUCCAAGGGGAACAUGUGGGUCCUGGAUCAGAAGCUGGAUCAGCCCAUGGAGGAAGAGGCCGGUCGGCUCCGCGACAUGCACCGAGAAAAGAGGUUGACGUCGGCGGCGAUUCUGCGGCUAGCGUUCCAGAGCCUGGGCGUCGUUUUCGGAGACCUGGGAACCUCUCCUCUCUAUGUCUUCUGCAACGCCUUCCCUCGGGGGGUGGACGAUCCGGAGGACGUGGUGGGAGCUCUUUCUUUGAUCAUAUACUCCCUAACGCUCGUCGUGCUCCUCAAGUAUGUUCUUGUGGUGUUGAGGGCAAAUGACAAUGGUCGGGGUGGAACAUUUGCACUUUAUUCGCUACUUUGCAGGCAUGCGAAAAUUAAAACUAUUCCAGACCAACAUCGGACAGAUGAAGAACUAACAACCUAUAGUUGCCAGACAUAUGAGGAUAACUCACUAGCAGCAAAGGUCAGGUGGUGGUUGGAAGCACAUGCAUACAAGAAGAACACUAUCCUUGUUCUUGUUAUUAUUGGUACUUGUAUGGUUAUUGGUGAUGGAAUUCUCACUCCUGCUAUAUCAGUUUUAUCAGCAGCAAGUGGAAUCAAGGUGAAUCACCCCGAGAGAAGUAAUGAUGCAAUAAUAAUUGUAGCCGUCAUCAUAUUGAUUGGUCUAUUUAGCAUGCAACACUAUGGUACAGAUAGAGUUGGAUGGCUUUUUGCUCCCAUUGUCCUCCUAUGGUUUGUUAUGAUUGGAGUUAUUGGUGCUAUGAAUAUAUGGAAGUACGAUCAUUCAGUUCUAAGGGCUUUUUCUCCAGUUUGUGUAUAUUGGUACUUAAGACGGGGACACAAUAUUUGGACUUCCUUGGGUGGAAUAAUACUAAGUAUCACAGGAACAGAAGCAUUAUUUGCUGAUGUGUGUCUUUUUCCUGUGCUUGCUGUUCAGCUUGCUUUCACUCUAGUUGUGUUUCCCUGCCUUCUAUUGGCGUACGCUGGACAAGCAGCAUAUAUUACGAAGAAUAAACAUCAUGUAGCAGAUGCAUUUUAUCUUUCUAUUCCUGAUGUCAUAUACUGGCCAGUGUUCAUUGUCGCAGCUGCAGCAGCUGUAAUUGGUAGCCAAGCCACUAUCUCCGCUACCUUCUCAAUUAUCAAGCAAGCACAAGCACUUAGGUGCUUUCCUAGAGUCAAGAUUAUUCAUACAUCAAAAAAAAAUCUAAAUCAGAUAUACAUUCCAGAUAUCAAUUGGGUUCUUUUGAUUCUUUGUAUAGCUGUUACUGCUGGAUUCGGAAAUAAAAGUCAGAUUGGAAAUGCCUAUGGAACUGCUGUUGUGAUAGAUAUGUUGGUAACAACACUCCUCAUGAUCCCAAUUAUGCUGUUGGUAUGGCGGAGCCAUUGGACCCUUGUCACUGCCUUUGCCAGUCUGUCAUUGCUUGUAGAGCUCACAUAUCUCUCAGCUGUACUACUGAAGGUCGAUCAAGGUGGUUGGGUCCCUCUUGUGGUUGCAGCAGCAUUUCUCCUAACAAUGUAUGUAUGGCACUAUGGUACCAAGAAACGAUACGAGUUCGAGAUGCAUAGCAAGGUCUCUGUGGCAUGGAUUCUAGGACUGGGUCCCAGCUUAGGCCUUGUCCGUGUUCCUGGAAUAGGCCUCAUAUAUACAGAAUUGGCCAGUGGCGUUCCCCGUAUCUUCUCUCACUUCAUUACCAACCUCCCAGCCAUCCACUCUGUUGUGGUCUUUGUUUGUGUGAAGUACCUUCCGGUGUACUCUGUUCCUUCAGAGGAACGGUUCCUAGUCAAAAGGAUCGGACCAAAGGAUUACCACAUAUUCCGCUGUGUUGUGAGAUAUGGGUAUAAAGACCUUCACAGGAAGGAUGAUUUUGAGAAGAUGUUGUUUGAAAGCCUUACUUUAUUUGUUCAUAUGGAGGCCGUGGAGGAAUAUUAUUCCGAUUCCACUAAUGUGGUUACUACAAUGAAUGGCAGCACAUCAUCUUCUGCAGUGGAUUUGACACAUUCAUCAUCUGUUGAUUCAAGUGUGCCUGUACAAUCAUACCAGAGUGACUGUCAGGUCAGGUCAUUUGGACGAAAUGCGGAUCUGACCGUGCAUGAAGAGUUGGAAUUUCUGAACAAGUGUCGGGAUGCUGGAGUCGUGCACUUUCUUGGGAACACAAUAAUAAGGGCUCAAAGGGAUUCACAUUUUCUCAAGAAAAUUGCUGUCAAUUACAUAUAUUCGUUCCUCAGGAGGAUUUGCAGGGAGAAGAGUGUCAUCUUUAAGGUUCCCCAUGAGAGUCUGCUAAAUGUUGGGCAGGUACUCUACGUAUAGAUUCUCUGAUCUAGUAAUAUGCAUUGGUUGGCAUGCACAAGAGCAAGUGUUUAAAUCUACCUUCGUUGUUUUCGGUAUGGCGAUUGUGUGAAUCACACUGUAACCAACACAGAGUUGCAAUAAAUACCAUGAGCAUGAGCAAGAAAAAUGCUGUGAUGAGAAAUCCAGUAGAAAAAUCAUUUUCCUGAGAUUUCCAUGAGGUCAGCUUUGAGGAAUUUCUUUGAUCAUAUUAUUGUGACUGCCUUUCCGAAUGAAUUUAUGUGUGGCAUCCUAACUGAUAUGACUGCAUAUUUGAUUGAACAGAAGGGAUGUCUUGAAAUGUCAAGGAUGUUCAUUAUCUAAUUGUUCAUGAUAUAUCACGUGA